GCCUCCGCCCCGCCCCCGCUUGCCGGCCCGCGUCGCCGUCUCUCACCCUCCCCGGGCUGCGCGGCCCGAGCUGGCACAGAGGAUCCUCGGCCGCGGCGACAUCACCGCCUGGGGACGCGGGCGCUGCUCUGGAUACGGCGCCACCGAGAGAACCCGCCGCCCGCGGGUCUCUGUCCUGCGGUCCGUGGUUGCCCCCACAAGCGUCCGGCGUUUCCUGAGGGCGGGCGUGUCCGGGCCGUGCGGGGCGCGGGGACCGAACGCGGCUGAGGAGACCGAGCUGGGGCAGCGCCUGCCGUAGCGCGGGGGACGACGCGGGGGUCUUGCGGAGCCCCGCGGGAGCCUGGCCCGCCGUGCAGAGCAGUUUUCUGGAACUCUCCACCUCCGUCUCCCUUGGGGCCCAGUGCGGCGCCGAGCCCCCGUCGGGAUCUGCCAGAGGUUCUUCCAGCCGCGGACGGGCACGGAGAGGCGUCUUUCGACACCGGAGUCCGAGCUCCCUCUGGCGGCUCCACCUGAGGACAGGGACUCGGCCACAGAAAAGUGUCAUGAAAAAAGAGCAGAAGAGAGACCUCACUGUUGCUGAAAGGGGAAUUUUCUUUCCCCGUUGGCGGUUACUUCAUGAUCGGACGAGAAGUAUCUAGGUGACUGAAGAGAUUCCAUUUUUAUGUUUAUACACAUGAAGCUGAUAAAAGAAGAUGUGAACAUGAUUUCUCUUUGUCAUAAUAGGCUGAUGAGUAAGUAAGCCUGAAAAAUAUUUGAAAUGAAGGCAAGAAUUUUGAAUUUUUAAAAACCAACUAAGACUUUGAUCACUUGUUGAGGGUGUUUCUCUCUCAUAAAUGAAAGAAAAACGUAUUCACAAGACAAGAAGUAUUAAAAAGUUGAGAGGAAUGACAACUGAGUCCACUCACACAAAGAAUUCAGUACUUCAUCAUCUUCUUUGGGCAGACAUACACAAAUGCAUCAUACAUGUGUGGUGAGCUUAUCACCAGUGAUGGUUUUCUGUGCUAGAAAUGACUCUUAAUUUGAAUUUUGGAGUGGUUUUUCUCUUUUUUUACAAUGUGUGUUUCAACUCUUUGUGUUAAAUAGAUUUAAGUAAAGGAGGUAAAUGCUAAAUUCGUAGUGUUUUUUACCUGUAUCACUUCCCUGUGUAUUAUGGAAAAAUUAGAGAUUUUAACGUUAUUCAAAGUUUUACUGGAAGCAAAACUGUGCCAGGGACAGAGAUAUACAAUUUAAGUUUUCUCUUUUUGGCAACUGCACUUGCUUAAAAUGUACUGAAUGUCAGCUGGAUUUCACAGCAUAUCAGAUUUACAGUCUUUGUCUUAUCAAGGCCUUUACUGUAUGUUUUAUACUAACCAGAUGGGAAACACAUUGAGCAUCAUAUCUGACAUGUAUGCCUAAGGGAGGAGCUCCCCCAUGGAUCAUGGCGUUAAUGUUUACAGGACAUUUACUAUUCUUAGCAUUAUUGAUGUUUGCUUUCUCUACUUUUGAGGAAUCUGUGAGCAAUUAUUCUGAAUGGGCAGUUUUCACAGAUGAUACAGAUCAGUUUAAAACACAGAAAGUGCAAGAUUUCAGACCCAACCAAAAGCUGAAGAAAAGUAUGCUUCAUCCAAGUUUAUAUUUUGAUGCUGGAGAAAUCCAAGCAAUGAGACAAAAGUCUCGCACAAGCCAUUUGCAUCUUUUUAGAGCUAUCAGAAGUGCAGUGACAGUUAUGCUGUCCAACCCAACAUACUACCUACCUCCACCAAAGCAUGCUGAUUUUGCUGCCAAGUGGAAUGAAAUUUAUGGUAACAAUCUGCCUCCUUUAGCAUUGUACUGUUUGUUAUGCCCAGAAGACAAAGUUGCCUUUGAAUUUGUCUUGGAAUAUAUGGACAGGAUGGUUGGCUACAAAGACUGGCUAGUAGAGAAUGCACCAGGAGAUGAGGUUCCAAUUGGCCAUUCCUUAACAGGUUUUGCCACUGCCUUUGACUUUUUAUAUAACUUAUUAGAUAAUCAUCGAAGACAAAAAUACCUGGAAAAAAUAUGGGUUAUUACUGAGGAAAUGUAUGAGUAUUCCAAGGUCCGCUCAUGGGGCAAACAGCUUCUCCAUAACCACCAAGCCACUAACAUGAUAGCAUUACUCACAGGGGCCUUGGUGACUGGAGUAGAUAAAGGAUCUAAAGCAAAUAUAUGGAAACAGGCUGUAGUGGAUGUCAUGGAAAAGACAAUGUUUCUAUUGAAUCAUAUUGUUGAUGGUUCUCUGGAUGAAGGUGUGGCCUAUGGAAGCUACACAGCUAAAUCCGUCACACAGUAUGUUUUUCUGGCCCAGCGCCAUUUUAAUAUCAACAACUUGGAUAAUAACUGGUUAAAGAUGCACUUUUGGUUCUAUUAUGCCACCCUUUUACCUGGCUUCCAAAGAACUGUGGGUAUAGCAGAUUCCAAUUAUAAUUGGUUUUAUGGUCCAGAAAGCCAGCUAGUUUUCUUGGAUAAGUUCAUCUUAAAGAAUGGAGCUGGAAAUUGGUUAGCUCAGCAAAUUAGAAAGCACCGACCUAAAGAUGGACCGAUGGUUCCUUCAACUGCCCAAAGGUGGAGUACUCUUCACACUGAAUACAUCUGGUAUGAUCCCCAGCUCACACCACAGCCACCUGCUGAUUAUGGUACUGCAAAAAUACACACAUUCCCUAACUGGGGUGUGGUUACUUAUGGGGCUGGGUUGCCAAACACACAGACCAACACCUUUGUGUCUUUUAAAUCUGGGAAGCUGGGGGGACGAGCUGUGUAUGACAUAGUUCAUUUUCAGCCAUAUUCCUGGAUUGAUGGGUGGAGAAGUUUUAACCCAGGACAUGAGCAUCCAGAUCAGAACUCAUUUACUUUUGCCCCCAAUGGACAAGUAUUUGUUUCUGAAGCUCUCUAUGGACCCAAGUUGAGCCACCUUAACAAUGUAUUGGUGUUUGCUCCAUCACCCUCAAGCCAGUGUAAUAAGCCCUGGGAAGGUCAACUGGGAGAAUGUGCGCAGUGGCUUAAGUGGACUGGCGAGGAGGUUGGUGAUGCAGCUGGGGAAAUAAUCACUGCCUCUCAACAUGGGGAAAUGGUAUUUGUGAGUGGGGAAGCCGUGUCUGCUUAUUCUUCAGCGAUGAGACUGAAAAGUGUAUAUCGUGCUUUGCUUCUCUUAAAUUCCCAAACUCUGCUAGUUGUUGAUCAUAUUGAGAGGCAAGAAGAUUCCCCAAUAAAUUCUGUCAGUGCCUUCUUUCAUAAUUUGGAUAUUGAUUUUAAAUAUAUCCCAUAUAAGUUUAUGAAUAGGUAUAAUGGUGCCAUGAUGGAUGUGUGGGAUGCACAUUACAAAAUGUUUUGGUUUGAUCAUCAUGGCAAUAGUCCCAUGGCCAGUAUACAGGAAGCAGAGCAAGCUGCUGAAUUUAAAAAACGAUGGACUCAAUUUGUUAAUGUUACUUUUCAGAUGGAAUCCACAAUCACAAGAAUUGCAUAUGUCUUUUAUGGGCCAUAUAUCAAUGUCUCUAGCUGCAGAUUUAUUGAUAGUUCCAAUCCUGGACUUCAGAUUUCUCUCAAUGUCAAUAAUACUGAACAUGUUGUUUCUAUUGUAACUGAUUACCAUAACCUGAAGACAAGAUUCAAUUAUCUGGGAUUCGGUGGCUUUGCCAGUGUGGCUGAUCAAGGCCAAAUAACCCGAUUUGGUUUGGGCACUCAAGCAAUAGUAAAGCCUGUAAGACAUGAUAGGAUUAUUUUCCCCUUUGGAUUUAAAUUUAAUAUAGCAGUUGGAUUAAUUUUGUGCAUUAGCUUGGUGAUUUUAACUUUCCAAUGGCGUUUUUACCUUUCUUUUAGAAAACUAAUGCGAUGGAUAUUAAUACUUGUUAUUGCCUUGUGGUUUAUUGAGCUUUUGGAUGUGUGGAGCACUUGUAGUCAGCCCAUUUGUGCAAAAUGGACAAGGACAGAGGCCGAGGGAAGCAAGAAGUCUUUGUCUUCUGAAGGGCACCACAUGGAUCUUCCUGAUGUUGUCAUUACCUCACUUCCUGGUUCAGGAGCUGAAAUUCUCAAACAACUUUUUUUCAACAGUAGUGAUUUUCUCUACAUCAGGGUUCCUACAGCCUACAUUGAUAUUCCUGAAACUGAGUUGGAAAUCGACUCAUUUGUAGAUGCUUGUGAAUGGAAGGUGUCAGAUAUCCGCAGUGGGCAUUUUCGUUUACUCCGAGGCUGGUUGCAGUCUUUAGUCCAGGACACAAAAUUACAUUUGCAAAACAUCCAUCUGCAUGAACCCAAUAGGGGUAAACUGGCCCAAUAUUUUGCAAUGAAUAAGGACAAAAAAAGAAAAUUUAAAAGGAGAGAGUCUUUGCCAGAACAAAGAAGUCAAAUGAAAGGCGCCUUUGAUAGAGAUGCUGAAUAUAUUAGGGCUUUGAGGAGACACCUGGUUUACUACCCAAGUGCACGUCCUGUGCUCAGUUUAAGCAGUGGAAGCUGGACGUUAAAGCUUCAUUUUUUUCAGGAAGUUUUAGGAGCUUCGAUGAGGGCAUUGUACAUAGUAAGAGACCCUCGGGCAUGGAUUUAUUCAAUGUUGUACAAUAGUAAACCAAGUCUUUAUUCUUUGAAGAAUGUACCAGAGCAUUUAGCAAAAUUGUUUAAAAUAGAGGGAGGUAAAGGCAAAUGUAACUUAAAUUCGGGUUAUGCUUUCGAGUAUGAACCAUUGAGGAAAGAAUUAUCAAAAUCCAAAUCAAAUGCAGUGUCCCUCUUGUCUCACUUGUGGCUAGCAAAUACAGCAGCAGCCUUGAGAAUAAAUACAGAUUUGCUGCCUGCUAGCUACCAGCUGGUCAAGUUUGAAGAUAUUGUGCAUUUUCCUCAGAAAACUACUGAAAGGAUUUUUGCCUUUCUUGGAAUUCCUUUGUCUCCUGCUAGUUUAAACCAAAUAUUGUUUGCCACCUCUACAAACCUUUUUUACCUUCCCUAUGAAGGGGAAAUAUCACCAACUAAUACUAAUGUUUGGAAACAGAACUUGCCUAGAGAUGAAAUUAAACUAAUUGAAAACAUCUGCUGGACUCUGAUGGAUCGCCUAGGAUAUCCAAAGUUUAUGGACUAAAUGCUGCAGGUCAGCAGAAAUUUGCACUAAUAAUACUUACCAACCCACUUUGUGGAUAUGAAUCAGAAGAGUUUGUUUAUUCUUUAGUGUGUGUGUGUGUGUGUGCACGCGUGUAUGUAUGUUCAGUGUUAUUUGCACAGAGAGAUUGUUUUAAAAAAUGGCACCAUAUUUGGCCUAGCAGGAUUUAUUUUUAUGUCAUCACCUCCCUUGCCUUUGUUUCUGAAAAUUUUGUCUGCUAAAAAGUUUCUGCUACAGAGUGGUAGAUGAAGUUAUAUCAUGGGGUCAGGGGAGAUGGGAAAAUUUUAAAAGUUUUUGCCUAACUCCCCUUCAUCUGUAACUGUGCUAAUCUAUCUAGAGACCUCAAACACUGCUAAAGGCCUUGCAAUUGCUGCUUUACCCACGCAUCUCUUGCUUUCAAGAUGGACUACAAAAGUUCCUUAUCCUUUUGAAAAGGUCUUCUGACACACUUAUCUUGCACAAAGAAAAAGAAAAUUUUUUUACUGUGUUUAAUGUUCAGUGAUAUCACUGAGGAAAUGGUGAAAGCUCCUAUCAGAACUAUAGGAUUUCUUCUGGGAAAUACAGAAUGAAUAUGUUUUUUUGAGGUCAGAAACUGACUUUAAAAGCCUCCUUGAAGUUUUUUACUUAGAAAUAUAAGGAAUAAGUCUUUGAACAAUCUGGGUGGCAAGGGCUGGUAGAUUAUUUUAGACAUGAUUGUCUGUUUAAAACUCUCCUUUCACUUUUUAUCCUCCCUGAAGCUACAGCUGUUCGCCAUCACAUCACUCCCAUCCUAUCCUUUCUGUCACUGUCAAGCAAAACAAUCAGUAGUUACUAAUCGCUGAACUCUCAAUAUUGUGGGGCAUUUUCCCCCCAGUUGAUUAAUUUUACAUUAAAGACUGACACAGACUUAGAAUCAAAUUUAUUUUUCUGGAAUUAACACUCUGUGACUCAAAGUAGUGCCACUGCAGUGUCUUUUUAAACUGGAAACAGAAUUGGAAAACUGCCUGACUUAUCUUGCAUCCCUUUGAAUGAGUUUACAGACUGCCAGUGUCUGCAAAAGUUGAAAGCAAAUGGGAGAUGAUGUCAGAGGCAUCUGUUUCCUUUACCAUCUGCAUCUUAUUAUAAAUGUAUUCGUCAUAAAGUGUGGUUUAUUUUAUUUUGGUAGGCUCUGAAAUCAAAAUGCUAUGCCAUUAUAAGCCAGUGGAGUAAUUACAAUGUAUUGGAUGAAAACAUAAGGCAGGGUGGAGACUUGAUGAAAAUCUCUGUACAGAUUGCAGUCUUCUUCCUGAUGUUUCAAACUGUGGUUCCCCCAAGCUCUCUAACACUUGGGAGUCUGUCAUUCUGACCUAGAUAAAAGUGGUUCUUUCUCAGUAGUUGUUAUUAUGUCAAAAUGUGCCUCCAGAGUGAUAAAGCUGUGGAUAUGUUACAUUCCAGCUAAACCUAACUUGGCUGUCAUUUUUCUUCCACUAUAGUGUGAGUGGAGACUGCCCCCGCUCCCCAACAUAUUCCUUCCCAUAUCUCUCAUGAUUGUCCCUCUGUAAUUUCAAAAUGAAUGAAAUUCAUGUGAAUGUAGGUUGAGAGGGCACUGAAGACCUGAAUCUACACUAGUAAUCUCAAGAAAGAUUAUUCAUUCUAUCUCAGAGUUACUGGCAAGCAUAUAAAAUGCUACUUGGAUGAUAUCUACAUGAAUAUUGCAUGCUACAUGGGUGAUAACACUAUUUCCAUUAUUGGGCAGAAUCUCAGUGUUUACUUUCAAUUCCUAGGAUAUGUGAUCGUGAAUCAGAUCACAUAUAAAAAGUCUGGAUUGUCAGUAGUAUUAGAUCUGAUCAAGGUAGGAAUUCCAAUUGCAUGCAGGUAGCAAGCAAGAAAGCAGAAACUACUGUUGCCUUUAUUUUAACAUUGUACAGACAAUACAGAAAUGUACCUGUUGGCGGCCGGGUGCAGUGGCUCACGCCUGUAAUCCCAGCACUUCGGGAGGCCGAGGCGAGUGGAUCACGAGGUCAGGAGAUCAAGACCAUCCUGGCUAACACGGUGAAACCCCAUCUCUACUAAAAAAAAGUACAAAAAAUUAGCCGGGUGUGGUGGCGGGCACCUGUAGUCCCAGCUACGCGGGAGGCUGAGGCAGGAGAAUGGCAUGAACCUGGGCGGCAGAGCUUGCAGUGAGUGGAGAUGCGCCACUGCACUCCAGCCUGGGCGACAGAGCGAGACUCCGCCUCAAAAAAAAAAAAAAAGAAAGAAAAAGAAAAAGAAAUGUACCUGUUGGCAGGAGAAGGCCAGAUGGAGUAUGUGGAGUAAUAGGGAAAGAAGAGUUACAGAAAAUGAAAAAGAAAAUGAGUUACAUUGAGAAUGAAUAUGGGAACAUGUCAUUGAUAGCAAAAGAAAGGUACAGGCUUACGAAAAUGAUCUUUACAAUGUAUCCCAGCUUUCACCCCCACAUGGCAAUGCAGAGUUGUAUUUACUUGUUUCUGUACUCACCUACUCCCACCCCAAGGGAAAAUUUUAGACAUGAACCCUAUUAUUUAGUUAUUCUAAAAUAGAAAGUUUGCUGGAGAAAGCGUCUACUCACAGAUUGUUCUGUAAGGAAUGUUACGUAUGGGUGAGCGGAUGACACAUCCAUUGGCUAUGUAUGCGUGUGAUGGUGCCUGAGACCCCUGCCUUAGAAACUGAAUUCCUAAGGGGAUUGACUCUCCCAGCACAUUCCCAGGUCCUGCACCCUUAGGGUGAUCUAGGAAAAUUUUAAAUAGCUUCUACUCUUAUUUUUGUUCUUUGAAAUAAUUAAAAGAGGGAUUAUCACUAUCUGAUACUUCUGAAAGAAACACAAAAUUUCUUAUCUGUAAAAUCCGUCUUUUUGUACAUUAACUUCCCCAAACAUAGGCCUAAUUGAGAUAAUUGCUUUUAUUACAAUAAUAGGAUUGAAAUUUUAAAAUUUUGAAAGGACUUAUUAAUUUUGCUGACAAAAGUGAAGUAACAAAUAUAAUGAUAAUUGGCUUUUUAAAUUUUCAAACAACAUAGAUUUACUCAAGAUGAAAUAAAAAGGCCAUAUUCAGAGUUUAAUUUAAUGAAAACUCAGAGGAAAUAGGAAAAUCUGCUCAGGAGAAAGAAGCUAAAUCUGCAUAGAUUUAGUUUGUAGAAUUUAAUUUAAAAUUUAAAUUUUAACAAAGUGAUGACACAACAAUAUGUACGUUUAGGUGUGGACACCAAAAUAUUAGACAUUUGAUUGUCCUUUUACAUACAGAAUAACUAAUAAAUGCCUGACAAGAAUGGGACAGUCCUUCCUUGUAUCAAAAUUCCCAGGUCUUGCUACAUUGCCCUCUGCAAAUGUAUUCAAAGAAGAACCUCCUCCACCACUUACUUUUGGUUGGCAUAUUUGUUCAGCAACGAUUUCUGUACAUCACCAAGUAUCUUUGGCAUUCUUGGUAUACAAAGUAUAUCACAAUUUUAAGUGAGUAAAUAUUAAUGAUAAUUUUUGAAUUGCUUUGUUUGGCUUGAUUAACUUUGAUCAGAAAUAGAAACGUUUUCAUUUGUUGAUUUAGGAAAAAGCAUAAAUAGAAUGCAGUAUAACACCACUUCGAAAGGUAAGGAUACCUAACAUUCUUUUUUUUCUUUUUUUUUUUUUUUUUUUGAGAUGGAGUCUCACUCUGUCGCCCAGGCUGGAGUGCAGUGGUCUGAUAUCGGCUCCCUGCAACCUCCGCCUCCCGGGCUCAAGCGAUUCUCCUACGUCAGCCUCCUGAAUAGCUGGGAUUACAGGUGCACGCCACCAUGCUUGGCUCAUUUUUGUAUUUUUAGUAGUGACAGCGUUUCACCACAUUGGUCAGGCUGGUCUCAAUCUCUUGACCUCGUGAUCUGCCCACCUGGGCCUCCCAAAAUGCUGGGAUUACAGGCAUGAGCCACCACACCUGGCAAGGGUACCUGACAUUCUAAGAUAUCAAGACACUUAAUAUGUGGGCUAUUAGCUGCUUAUUUAAAUGUUGAUCAAAUUGUCUGAUAUAUCUGAUUAAUCUUGAUUUCACUUCAUUUCGGAAGAAAAAUUAUCCAUAUCAUUUUUAAAGACGCAAAUGACUUUGGAUUUUUGCAUAGAGUACAAUAGACACUUCAAACAAUAGAUUCUAACAUUCUCUGAAACACUUGAGAUGUUUGAGCUACCAUUUACAUGGGUUAUUUAUAUUUAGUCUAAGUAACACAUACAUGUUAAUUGAUUCUGUUUUCAUGGAUAGAUUGAACUAAGUCUUCCAAGCAAUUAGUUUUUUGUUCGUCAUCGUUUUUCCUUCAUGCGUUAUCUAGUUAUGCAGCACUGGAAACAGACUGAAGAUCAUAAACCAGUUUUAUCAGACCUAUGUGUAAUAAGACUCCUGUUAAUACAAAAAUAAAAAGCUAAAAGCAA